AUGGCGCUUCAGUGGUGGCAGCAGAGUCUUAGUCGUAGCAUUCAGAUGUCUGCACAAUGGGGGUUAACAUUGCAGGAUGUUACUUUAGAAGGAGCGGGGAGGACAAACGCAGAGAACGUACAAAAAGACUUAAAGCCCUUGAUAGGGAAGUCUAUUUUUAGUUUUGACUUAGAAAACAUACAAAAAACUUUGUUGAAAUAUCCUUGGGUGGCGUCUGUGCAAGUGCGCCGAGCACUACCACAGGGUUUGGUGAUUGUUCUGGAGGAGCGCCGCCCUAAAGCAUUAUGGCGUUCCCAAGGGAAACUCUUUCUUUUAGAUGAAGAAGGAAAGGUUGUUAACAUUGAGAAUAUAAAGCCUUUUUCUACUUUACCUUUACUGGUUGGAGAAGAAGCCAAUCAAGAGGGAAUUAGUUUUCUAAACCUUGUGAAAGGUUAUCCAAGCAUUUUUAAAGUUCUAAAAUUUGCUGUAUGGGUUUCCAAACGUCGUUGGGAUAUUUAUUUGCAAGACAAGGAUCUGAAAGUUCAGCUCGCAGAAGAUGCAUUGGAAAAGAGCUUAAGCCAUUUGCAGGAUUUGCUUGAAGAUGAACGAAUUCAGUGGGAUCGUAUAGAUGUUCUUGAUUUACGGUUGGAAGGAAGAGCCUUCUUUUUAUUGAAGAAAGGUGAAAAAGCAUAA